AUGCAGAGAGGUGGUCAUGAAGGCUCAGAGACGAACGUUCAGAACGCAGAAAAUGUCGACGGAUCCGCUCAAGCUGCCAGAUUUGACUCGCUAAGAAUCAGUAACUAUGCCACAGGAAUUGAUGAUGAUAACGAAAGUAGCGAUAAGAAUGCAACAGUUUCAUUUGCACUGAUACGUUUGUAUUUUCGUUCAGUGAGAUGGAUGCCGCCAUCAUCUACUGAACAGGAGACUUCAAGCGAACAGCAGCAACCAGCUCAAGGAUACCUCACUGACGUCGCUCGAAUCGCACCGUCAAGCACAGCAGUACGUUUAAUCUUAUGA